GGUAAGACAUUGCCAUCACUUUCAUCCUGAAGACACAGCACUUUCUUUCCUAAUGUAUUUUCUCUUUUGUCCUAGAAAAUCCAAUGUGUCAAUGUGGUUUUAUGAGGGAUAAAAACCAAACUGGAGAGAUCCAGUUCCACUUUCAGCCAUUUUCACCUACCCUGAAGGUACAGAUGUUUAUUUAUGUGAGUUUCCUGUUAAUGUAUAUCGGCAGCCUCAUUGGUAAUGCCACAGUCCUUCUCACUGUCUGGGCUGAGCGUUCACUCCACACUCCCAUGUAUUUCUUUCUGGCCAAACUGGCAGUUCUGGAAAUCUUUUAUUCUUCUACUAUUGCCCCUCUGGCCUUGGUCAACCUGCCAACCAUGGGGAGAAUACCCAUCUCUUUCACCGGCUGUGGCAUACAGAUGUUCUUCUUUGUCUUUCUGGGCAGUGCUGACUGCAUCCUCUUGGGAAUCAUGGCUUAUGAUCGGUUUGUAGCUAUCCGGGAUCCCUUGUCUUACACCCUUGUCAUGAGAUGGCUGCUGUGUGCCCAGCUGGCUGUGGGGGCCCUCGUUCUGGGUUUCAUUCUAGCCUUAUUACCGACAUUUUUUAUUUUCCAUCUGUCAUUUUGUGACCACAAUAGAAUCACUCACUUCUAUUGUGAUGUACUCCCUAUUUUGCGGUUGGCAUGUGGAGAUACUCGAAUGCCAGAAGCCAUGAUCUUCAUCACCAGUGUCAUCACUCUUACCAUCCCCUUUUCCCUUAUCUCCAUCUCAUACAUCUUCAUUACAGUUACCAUUUUGAAGAUCCGCUCAGCAGAGGGACGGCACAAAGCCUUCUCUACUUGCUCGUCUCAUCUGACUGUGGUUCUUCUCCAGUACGGCUGUUGUAGCCUUAUCUAUUUACGCCCAAGCUCCAGCUACAACCCAGAAAUGGGACGUGUAGUUUCUGUUGUCUACACCUUUGUUACACCCAUCUUGAAUCCUUUAAUCUACAGUAUGAGAAACAAGGAGCUGAAAGAUGCACUAAAUAAGAUAAUUAAAAGACAUCUCCGACGUGAGCGCGGGGCGGGCAAGGAGAAGUGGGGGGCGGAGCUCCAAGUACCCGACUCGCAGGAAGCCCCCGACGGGCAACGCCUGCGCAGUCUCUCGCCACGGGACCUCCUUCCCGCCGCCGAGACUAGGAAGCGGGACACCAAAUCCGUCCCCGCGCAGCCGCCGCCGCCCGGCUCGUUGGAGGAUUGUCCUCUAGAUGAAGAUGAAGAUGCAUUUCAGGGCCUAGGAGAGGAAGAUGAAGAGAUUGAUCAGUUCAAUGAUGAUACAUUUGGGUCAGGUGCAGUUGGAGCAGCAAGAAAAGUUUUUGAGGUAGAAGCUAGACCCAUUAUGGCAGGGAGCCAAGGCCUUUUGGAUUACAGCCGUGGUUCAGGAGAUGAGAUCGUCCGAGAGGAUGACAUGAUCUAA